UUGUGGCCAGGCAAUUUUUUCAAUUCUAAUUUAAAUAAAAAUGGCUUCCAAUCAAGUGGCUAAAAAGACUGAACAACAAAUUCAUUGGAUACAUUGUAAUGUUUGUUUCAUAAUGUAUAUGAGAAAGGAACGCAGUUUAUAUCUACUGGCCUGUCAUCACAUUGUCUGUGAAAAUUGUAAACAAGAUUACGUUCCAAAAUCUUCCCCCAAACUUCAAAUUUGCACAUGCCCCCUCUGUUUUAAGCUAAGUAAGUUCAGUGAAAUAAACAAUUCAAUGCCAAAAAUCCUUAAAGAUCUCUUCCAUCCCGAGCCGUGGAAAGAUGGUUUAAAUAAUUUCCAAAUAAUGAUGUUUCAAAGCAAACAUCGCCAACGAUAUUUGGACUAUCUUGAUGCAAAAUUUGCGAAAAUACAAGAGCAUCGGAAGCAUAUUACAAAACUGAAAAGACAAGCCGAAGCAACAGGCCGCUUGGCGGAAGAAAUCAAGGACGAGCGUCGGCAUUUAGAGAAUCGUGUUAGGCUGAUACAGGAGCAGAGACGAAUGAGUGAUGAUAAUAAUAAAAAUUGAGUUCGUCCUAUCAGACGCGUUUAUGAACUGGUCAUCCCAUACUUUUCCUCGUGUCGUUUGGAGCAUCUAAAAUGGGCUGAUAUAACGUUUAUAUAUCUUUAUAUAUAUCCCACCCGAAUGAAUUUUUGGAGCCAUAAAACCAAAAUGCACUAAGCGAUCUCAUCAUUUUCUAUUAUUUUUUCUCAGAGUUAUUGAUUAGUGUUCCGGGUGGGGCUUAAGGGCUCAGCACCCAACCUCAUGGGUUAUCCCUUGAUAUCGCCGCUUGCUUCAAGUUCCGACGCCGGCUUUCAGCCACUCCUAGCCAGGGAACAGACGCCGAUGUUGGCCAUUGAUGUCAGCGAUUAGAAAAGGAGCGCAGAAGAUCGAGGGGCUUGGAAAUCUAUUCUGAGUUCGGCUAAUGGGACAUAUGUUCUGUCAUAGCCAAUUAAAGUAAAGCAAAACACACAAUCGGCCUAUUAAUUUGGGGCUUAUGAACGGGUUUGGGCAACCAGACCUUAUUAUAGCGUUCGAUUUGUCUUUUUAACAUUUUCGAACCUGUGUUUGGACAUUCUAACAUUAUUUGGGUAUUAACAAAUUAGUUGUGCUCGGCCAAAUGAAAUUUGUGUUUACUUAUUGAUACAUGUUUCGCCUGCUUUUGUAUAAUAGACUUACUGAACCGGGCCCGCUUCGCAACGCCUUCUUUUACUUUAUAUGGAACAAAAUUAUCCCUUGAAUAUUUAUUUUUGACAAUAAAAGUGCUUUUAAUGAAAUACCCUGCUACGAAAAUAGUAUGUGUAUAUCGCUCGAGCAACAGUAGAACAAUAUAAAUGCCUUAUCUGAAUCCCAUAUGAUCUAUACUGGUGUCUGAAUUCACUCAGAGGGUUUAAGGUCAGUUUGGAUGUUAGAUGUACCCCAUUCUUAAAAGACUUCUAUAUGGGUACUGAGAAGGGCGCCAAGGUGGUGGUUGGUGGGUUAAGGGGUAGGGGCCCUAAAAACUAUGAAUAUCGAGCUCCACUGUCUUGAAGACCCAAAUUGUCUUGGUGAGCAAAUGCGUCUUAUUUGGGGGUUUGGUGGGAUGUCUCCUAGACAGUUGGUCCCUAAUGUUGAUAUU